AUCAACAACCGUCAAUAGCAUUCUCAUGGAACUCAGUAACUGUAUUCUCGUUUUCUUCUUCUUAACAACGUUCCAGCUUCCUUCCUUGACCUCUCCAUCUCCCACAAAUGAACUCAGCCUCCGGCUAGACCUAACCCAUGUUGACGCCGGCCUCAACCUGACCGUCCACGAAUUCCUUCGCCGCGCCGCCGCAAGAAGCAAGACCCGCCUUGCCCGGCAUGCUCAUGCCCGUAACAGUAAAGCCCAAGCACCAGUUUUUUGGGGCCCUGAAAAUCGGUACGAAGGCGAGUACCUCAUCAAUUUCAGCAUAGGUACUCCGCCCCGGUACUUGCCCUUCAUUGUCGACACAGGCAGCUCCCUCGUCUGGACCCAGUGCAAGCCCUGUCGCAACUGCCUAAAGCAGCCCGUCCCACUCUUUGACCCCAAAAAAUCCUCCACUUUCACCAAGCUCUCCUGCUCCAGCAAGCACUGCAGCGUUCUUGGCUCAGACUACGCCUCUCAGUGCUCAACCAACCCGGAGUGCCACUUCGACUAUGGCUACGCUGACGGCAGCGAAACCAUCGGCUACAUCGGUUUGGAAAUCGCCACGUUCCGCUAUUCCUCGGAGAAGCCGCUCUCCGUGCCCCGAUUCGCCAUAGGCUGCGCCAGGGCAAAUCAGGGCAGUAUGGCGAGCUCAUCCGGCACUGCGGGCUUCGGCCGGAGUGCGGAGUCGCUCGUGUCUCAGCUCCGCAUCACCCGUUUCUCCUACUGCUUCAUUCCAUACAUCCCUAAGAACACCAAGCGAAGUCCCCUGUUCCUGGGCGCAGUGACGGGCAGCCCGGUCCACUCCACCCCGCUCUUAAAAGAUGAUAUAUUCUACUAUGUUUCUCUUGAAGGCAUAACGGUUGGGUCAGCCCGGCUUCCUUUCGGGCCGGAUACUUUCGCGCGGAAGAAGGACGGGAGCGGCGGGACCAUCUUCGACUCGGGAACAUUUAAUACGAAUUUGAUAACGGAAGUGUUCGAGGCUGUGAAGAAAGCGUUCUUGUCGGCAAUCAAGCUGCCGGUGUCGGAAGACACGCUGUCGGCCGACUACGAGCUUUGCUUCGAUACGCCGAGGAGGGGCUUCUCGCCGGAAUCGUUGGAAAUCCCAAAGCUGGUGUUUCACUUCAAGGGAGCGGAUAUGGACUUGCCAAGAGAGAACUAUGUUGUGUAUGAUGCGAAGGAGAGGAUGUUGUGCGUGAUGAUUGAAGAAACGGAACCAAGUUCUACAAACAUCAUUGGCAAUUUCUACCAGCAGAACAUGAACGUCGUCUAUGACCUGAAGAAGGAGAAACUGUCGUUUGGGCCGGCGCAGUGCGAUCGCCUCUGAGCCCUUCAACGGAUGCUUUUAUAUAGAUAUAUAUUUAGGCUCCAAGAUUGACUAAACGAAAUCGUCAAAUAGAGCACGCAACUCACACUUUAACCUCAAAUUAUACCAAGUAUGACUGCUAGAGCGCAAACCCUCGCCCAAUAGCCGUAAGAGCUAUUUGGCCCCUCGAUAAAUCAGUGUAGUUCAAGCCAUUCCACAAAUAUAUACUACAAGAAAAUUGCACAGAACAUAGGAGGCAACCUUGACCGUCCGAGCCAAUCGAAAUCACUACACAAAUUUAGACUUUUUUUCAACUAUCCUAACCAUCGAAAAAUAUCAGAAAAUCAUCAUAAAUUAAAUUUUGGCGUUUUUUUUUUACGAUUUAUCCGGUGGUCUUUUGGUGGCUUCUAUUUGGCGAUAAUUUACCGACCAAAAGUACCCGUAUGUUUAUGCCAAAAAUAAAAUUGUCGAUAAGCCAAUAGUUAUCAUUGAUAAAAUAACUGACGAUUACAAGUCGUCAGACCUCAUCGAUGAAAUAUCUA